AUGUCGAAUAAUUCGAAUAAUCAACAACCUGCUCAACAACCGCAAAUUCAUCGAUUAAUUGCCCCUCCUCAACAAGGGAAUUUACAAGCUCUCGUUCCCAUAACAGUUCCCCAACACGUUUUUGCUCCAGAAAAUCCACCAACUCUUCAACAAGAUGGAUUCGAUUUAAUUCAAGGAAACUCGUUUUUAUCAAACUCUACUUACACUUCAGAUGCACCGGAUUUUACGAAAGUUAUGUUGGAAGGGGAUAACAAUUGUGUCGUGGGUAAGCUGGGACUUAGGUGCAUGGCACAAUAUAGCGUCGCUUCUUCGCGACAUCUGAGAAGAAAAAAUCAAUCUUGA